GUGGAGGUGGGAGGGGAAAGAGGUGGACAGCUCUGCAAAGACCAAAGAGCACGUCAGCCGCCCAGUCACUGGCUUCCGAGGCCUGGCUGGCGGCUGCUUUGUCUCCAUUGCAUCAGAAAAGGUCUUCUGACUUCAAGGAAAUCAAGUUAAUUUGCUAUCAGCAAAUAGCCCACAGCUCAAGUAUCCCUUAAAGGAACACUCCAAUCUCUCCCUGGUCUGCUUUCUCUACGGAGCCGUUUAGCCUCUUCCUACCAGGAAUGGAACAAAGCAUCGAGCAGACGGCGGAGAUGCUGCUCUACCUGUCUCCUGCUGAAGUCGCCAGCCUCCAGGAAGGAAUCAACUUCUUCCGAAAUAAGAACACUGGCCAAGAUUACAUCUUUUAUAAGAGAAAGAGCCUCCUGAGGGCGUGCAAGAACCUGUGCAAGCACCAAGGAGGGCUGUUCAUAAGGGACAUCGAGGACCUGGAUGGCAGGUCUGUUAAGUGCACAAAGCACAACUGGAGGCUGGACGUGAGCACCAUGCGGUACAUCAACCCCCCAGGCAGCUUCUGCCAGGACGAGCUGGUGAUCGAAAGGGACGAGGAAAACGGCCUCUUGCUGCUCGAGCUGAACCCUCCCAACCCAUGGGAUGCGGAGCCCCGAGCCCCCGAGGAAUUGGCUUUUGGGGAAGUACAGGUGACUUACCUCACGCACGCCUGCAUGGACCUCAAGCUCGGAGACAAGCGGAUGGUGUUUGACCCCUGGCUCACGGGCCCUGCCUUCGCCCGCGGGUGGUGGCUGCUCCACGAGCCGCCGGCCGACUGGCUGCAGCGCCUGUGCAGGGCCGACCUCAUCUACAUCAGCCACAUGCACUCAGACCACCUGAGUUACCCGACGCUGAAGGAGCUGGCUGCGAGGCGACCAGACAUCCCCAUUUAUGUGGGAAACACGGAGCGACCUGUAUUUUGGCAUCUGCCUCAGAGCGGUGUCCAGCUGACCAACAUCAAGGUGGUGCCAUUUGGGACCUGGCAGCAGGUGGACAAGAACCUUCGCUUCAUGAUCCUGAUGGAUGGAGUCCACCCCGAGAUGGACACCUGCAUCAUCGUGGAGUACAAAGGGCACAAAAUCCUCAACACAGUGGACUGCACCAGGCCGAACGGCGGACGGCUGCCCGCGAAGGUCUCUCUGAUGAUGAGCGACUUUGCAGGAGGAGCGUCGGGCUUCCCGAUGACUUUCAGUGGCGGAAAAUUCACGGAGGAGUGGAAAGCCCAGUUCAUCCGAACGGAGCGGAGGAAGCUGCUACACUACAAGGCGCGGCUGGUGCAGGACCUGCAGCCCCGGGUCUUCUGCCCCUUUGCGGGCUAUUUCGUGGAAGCGCACCCGUCAGACAGGUAUAUUAAGGACACAAACAUCAAAAACAACCCGGACGAACUCAGCAAGCUUAUCAAGAAGAGCUCUGACGUGGUGACGUGGACCCCCCGCCCAGGAGCCACCCUCGAUCUGGGUAGAGUGCUCAAGGACCCGACAGACAGCAAGUGCAUCACAGAGCCCCCGGCGGGCGCCAAGGUGUUCAAGGACUCCUGGGACUUUGGGCCCUACCUGGAAGCCCUGAGCGCUGCUGUGGGAGACGCCGUGUUCCAGCGCCCGGCCUGGAUCAAGGAAUACUUCACCUGGGCUGGCUUUAAGGGUUACAACCUGGUGGUCAGGAUGAUCGAGACGGAUGAGGACUUCAACCCUUUUCCGGGAGGAUACAACUACUUGGUUGACUUUCUAGACUUGUCCUUUCCCAAGGAAAGACCCAGGCGGGAGCACCCGUACGAGGAAAUCCGGAGCCGGGUCGACGUCAUCAGGCACGUGGUGAAGAAGGGUCUGCUCUGGGACGACCUGUACAUAGGGUUUCAGACGCGGCUGCAGAGGGACCCGGACAUAUACCAUCACCUGUUCUGGAACCAUUUUCAAAUAAAACUCCCCCUCACGCCCCCCAACUGGCAGGCCUUCCUGAAGCACGGGGAUGCGCUGGGGCCCGAGGCGCCCCCGGCAAGGCCCCCUGCAGGCCUGGGGGACACCUCUGCCUGAGUCCCGUUGGAUGCCUGUGGGCCCCUAAAUUAAGGAGGACAGUGCCCGUCCGGACGCCCGCCUUUGGGGGAAGGAGAGAACUAGCAGCGAGUAGAUGGAAGGAGCCCACGGACCCUCUGGUCUGGACGAGGCAAACCUACAACCAAUGAAACACAAGACAAAGUCGCCGCCAGCGGCCAGCGAGUGCCACAGUGAAAUCCCAACCACACGCGGACCAGUGGCCAUGAAGCCUGGAGCACCGGGGGCUGACAGCAGAGAGAGGCGGGAGGCGCCCCCGCACGCACGGGCCCUCUGCCCCGGGCCGGCGCCCUGCCUCCCGCCCAGCCUGGGCUGCGGCCGUAGUAACCGAACGGCCGUCCUCUGUUCCCCGCUUGUGACCAGGAAGCCCGCCCAGUGUCACUUCAAAAACAGGAAUCCUGGGACUCACAAGCCCGCUUGUGUGUGUCUCCACUUGCUCCCCAGAGGGCGGGUGCCUUUUCCACCCGGCGGGCUCCGCGCUUUGGGGAAGCAGGCGCGCUUGCCCUGGCGUCCUGAGGCUCGCCUGGCUGGGGCGGCUCCGUGGGCCGGCCUCCGAAGCAAAGGGUCGCUGGAUUGAUUCCCGUCAGGGCACAGGCCUGGGUUGCCAGCCAGGUCCUCUGUAGGGGGCAUGUGAGAGGCAACUGAACACGGAUGUCUCUCCUUCUCUUUCUCCUUCCCUUCCUCUCUCUCUAAAAAUAAAUAAAUAAAAUCUUUUUAAAAAAA